GCUGUGUGCUGCUUGCCUGCAUGACCGUCUCCCACAGGUACCUCCUUGAUUCCUGGGCUAAUGAAAUAAUCAAGGUCUGUGGAGCGCCCGAAUAAAGCUGAAAAGUUCAAGUAUUGUUCCUUUCUAUUUAACGGCCAGCUGCCACUGCUGCAGAGGCGUCGCAGCAAAAGCACACCCCUGGCUCUGCGUCCAUUGUCUGAAUCGGUCAAUGCCGAACCUUCCCAGAGCUGCAUUUUGCAGUAUGCUGUUGUCUAGCCGUGAAGCAAGUCAAAGGCACCCUUGCCUGGGAGAGGGCGGCCUGUGAUUGGAGCUACUGGAGGUGUAUGACAACGAUUUGAUCAUUCAGGCAGCAGCAGCGGAGAGCACAAUUCUGCAGCUGCUGCUGCUACAGGCACUGAAAACUCACAUUUCCUCCUCUCUCUCUCUCUUUGAACCAUCUGUAUGCUGAGAAGCGUACUUGCCAGGCAGCAUCCUCCAACCCCGGCGAUAUUCUUCAUCUCCCGGCAGCACCAUCCGCUGGCAGGCAGCAGCCACUCGUCCUCCACCAGAAUCCAGCUCCUGGCAGCAGCCUCCAUCCUUCAGCAGCCUCCAUUCCUUAGCAGGCAAAACCAGCCAUCCCCUGCCUCAGCAGUCACCCCCUCCCCAGCAUCACCCAUGCUCUAGCAUCAUCCAUCCCCAACAGCAUCCAGGCCCUGCAGCCCCUUGCUCUCCCCUCCCCGCCAAUGGGACAGCUGCUAACAUGAGCACCGAUGCCAGCCACCUGCCUGCGGGAUCCCAAGAGGCAAGCAGGGCUAUGUGGACUCCAUCCAGCUGGAUGGCUUCCGACGUCCCUCCCAACACCAGCACUUCCAUGGCACAGCUGGAUCAGCGGCAAAGGGUGGAGGAAUGGGGUAGCACUAUCGGAGAGAUUGCAGGCACGGUAGUGAUCCAGUGUAUCUAUGCCCUGGUGUGCCUGCUAGGCCUGCUCGGCAACUCACUGGUGAUCUUCGUCAUCCUGCGCUACGCCAAGAUGAAGACAGCCACCAACAUUUACCUGCUCAACCUGGCCAUUGCCGACGAGCUCCUCAUGCUCAGCAUCCCCUUCGUGGCGACCUCAGCAGCGCUGCACCACUGGCCCUUCGGCCGGGCCCUGUGCCGCACCGUGCUGGGCGUGGACGGGCUUAACAUGUUCACCAGCGUCUUCUGCCUGACCGUGCUCAGCCUGGAUCGCUACAUUGCUGUGGUGCACCCACUGCGGGCAGCCACCUAUCGCCGGCCCAGGGUGGCCAAGAUGGUCAACGGAGGGGUCUGGCUGCUCUCGCUUCUGGUGGCCUCACCCAUCCCCAUCUUUGCCGGCACAGCCGCCACACACGACGGCCGAGCGAUGGCCUGCAACCUGCUGUGGCCUAGUCCGGCCUGGUCAACUGCCUUUGUGGUCUACACAACCUUGCUGGGUUUCCUGCUGCCGGUGCUGGCCAUGGGCCUCUGCUACCUGCUGAUUGUGGGCAAGAUGCGGGUGGUGGCUCAGCGGGUGGGCUGGCAGCAGCGGCGGCGCUCGGAGGGGAAGCUGACCCGGCUGGUGUUGAUCGUGGUGGCCAUGUUCGUCGUGUGCUGGAUGCCCUUUUAUGUGGUUCAGCUGGUGAACCUGCUGCUGCCUGGCCACCUGGAUGCCACGGUGAACAAUGCCUCUGUCAUUCUCAGCUACUCCAACAGCUGUGCCAACCCCAUCCUCUAUGGCUUCCUCUCGGAGAACUUCAGGCAUUCCUUCCAUGCGGUGCUGCGGCGGUGCUGCGAUGCCAGCUUCUGCUGCUGCUGCCACCCGGGCCUGGGUGCCGCUGAGGAGGAAGAGGAGGAGGAGCCGCUAGAUUUCUGUGCCAUCCCCAAGGGGGAGGAGACGAGCAAAGGCGGCAUGUGCCCAUCUUUGCAUUGCCAGCGGGAGCCUGUGCACCCUGAGCCCUGCUGUACGCCUGGCACCCUCCUUGCAAAGACCACCACCUUCUAGACGGCAUGUGUCCUCCUCCUCAGGGCCGCUGCCUUCUGAAAGGGUGCCUCCUCCUGGCCCAGCCCCUGCCUUGGCAGGACCAGCAUCUUGUAAUGAGCACCAUCGCCCCGCCGCUGCAUCUCACCCUUCAGAAACAGACCAACGGGGUAAAGAAGCCUGCGUAAGUCCUCAGCGUGAGGGCCAGUUGCUUCUGGGUUGGCUCCUGCCUUUGGCUGCAGCUGGGAUGGGGCUUGUACAGGUGCUGGGUAAGCUGGCUGAGAGACCUGCACCUGCUUUUUUCUCUUUGGGUGGCUGGGCUUGUGUCUUGAUUGAUUCCUUCUGUAGCCUGAGCAGUCCCUUGCCACUGAGACCAUGGGGGCCAUGCUUGGAGUAAGGUGCCACUCAAGGUGGCAAAGGGCCUAGAAUGAGGAUUCUCUUAGCCACUCCCAUCCCGGGCAUUUGCUCACAGGGCAGGGUUCUCUAUUGGGCUUCUCUGACAUGGGUUGUUUCCUAUGCGGGGGAGAGAGAGCUCAGUGGUUUGAGCUUUGGCCUGCUAAACCCAGCAUUGUGAGGGGGCCAUUUAGGGAUCUAGAGCAAAAAUCUGUCAGGGACAAUAUUUGGCCCUGCUGUGACCCUUCCAGGUCUAUAAGAUCAGUAUAUCUCCAUAUUUUAAGAAAAUCUCUUUAUAUAUAAAACUGAUUGCCAACAUUACUUUAAAAAUAUUUUUGAUUUAGUUGGGGAUUGGUUCUGCGUUGAGUGGAGGUUGGACUAGAUGACCUUCUGAGGUCCCUUCCAACCCUGAUAUUCUAUGAUUCUGUGAGCCUGCUCAGCACAAAAGGCUAAGGAUAUGAUACAGACUAAUGGUCAGCAUUGGGACCACAUCCUGAGCCUGAUGACUUCAGGAGGAGUUUUUCUGUUGAUCUCACUGGGAAUAGGCUCAGCCCUUCUAAGGCCAGGCUGGUAAUUAAAAUUCAAGAGAGAGAGAGAGAACCUAUCUUCUUUAAUCUUUUGUGACCAGUGUUCAGAAGGGGAUGCGCCAUCCUUAGCAAUUAAUGACUAGAUUUUCAAAAGGGCACAACUCCUAUUAAGAAGAAAGGAGGCUGCGGGGUCCUUUUGAAAAUCCACCCAUUAACCUAAUAAAGUGUCUCUAAAGGGAAAAUAGUACUCCCUAGUUUGCAGAAAGUUCAAUGAGUGACAGUAACCUAACCCCAAAAUACUGAUUUAAGGCACAGCCUACCGCCGAUGUUGUGAAUGAGAAUUUUGCCAUUGACAUGAACAUAAAUAGAAUCCAGACUUUUUAAAUGCUUGAGGUUCUUUUAGUUCCUUAGAAAGAGCAGUGGUGGGUAGGACUGAGCUGUAGUUGUGCCAUGAAUGAUCCGAUCUGUAAUUGUGCCAUGGAAAAAUAAAAAGCCAAAAUGUUGGCAUGUAAUGCUGUUAUUAUUAUCCCUAAGUAUUACAUUAUGGGGAUGGUUUUGUUUUUUAAACAAACAGCCUUCACAGCAUACAAGAUCUUUAGGCAUAAAAAGUGGAAAGCUACAGUCUAAAAUGUAUCCCAGUGAAUCAGCAAUAAAUCCUAACCAGAAACCGACUCCAAAGGUUUGGGUAGUCAGGAGUUUUGUUCCACCCUCCGGGGAAUUCCUGCAUUUUAGGUGCUCAAAUGCACUUGUUCUCGUGUGACUUUCCCUAAAAUUCUUGCAGUACCUAAAACACUGCCUCCUGGAAGUCACUGAUCAUG